GUGCCCGCGAGCGUCAGGGAGCGCGCGUCACAGUGCGAGUUCACAAAGACUAAUUCAGUUUACUCUCGUUACGGCCCCUGAGAAGGACGUGUCAUUCACGAUUGAUUCUCAUUUUCUGCUGUUGAACGUUUAGAUCUGCGAGCAUCGCGGAGCAGUGUGUUUGAGCGGGAGACAGCAUCAUCAUCAUCAUCAUCAUCCUCAUCAUCCCCACCAUCAGCAUCAUCCAGCGGAGGACAAAGACGCAGAAAUGGGUCACAGCAGCGGUUGAUCUCAGGGUCUGUGAGGACGUCUGUCUCUUCUGCUCCGUGUUCCUCAAACGUCACGUCAUGUUCCUCGGCGCUGUUCUGCUGCUGUGUCUCCUGCACGUCUGCGGCGGGGCCCCGGACCCCGACAGAGAGAUGUGCUACUCUCGGCAGCACCGGGACGUGGCUGUAAACACGCAUGUGGCUCUGGAGCAGAAGGGAACGGUCAUGGUGUCCCGAGCCAAGCCUUCAGAGAAGGACUGCAUCCUCACCUGCUGCUCGGAGGACGUGGGCUCAGGGCUGAAGUGUAAUCUGGUCGUGUAUAAACCGCCGGAGCGGCCCGGGGAUCUCAACUGUGAGCUCUUCCACUGUCCGAGCGAGAGAGACUGCCCGCUGAUGACCGCCAGCUCCGGGAUCAACACUUACAACAUAUUCAAGGGUUUAACUCAUCCCACGACUAAAGGGAGUGGAAGAAUUACAGCCAAACCAGCAGCGCCUCAGCUGACCACGAGCACGACUACACCCACAACUCCUGUGACUACACCCACAGCCACGACUACACCCGCAACACCAGCACCACCCACAACAAGCACCACCAGCACCAGCGAAGCCACCGAAGCAGUGCUGACCGAGUCAGAAUCACCCGAGGUGCCGGAGACCGUCGCUAUGACGACCGCAUCCACUACCACGGCAACCAGCACCACGCGGCCCUCCUCCACCACCACCACCACCACCACGACUAAAAGCAGCGGCACUAAAGCACCGCGGACACCAUUCAAACCCAACCGAGCCAAGAAACCCAGCAAGCCCUCGAGACCCGAGGCGCACUCGGUGAAGCCCGGCAGAAUCAGCACCGCCCCGGCGAGCGGCACGCCUGCGACCACGACCACUACGACCACCACGACCACCACGACCACGACCACGACCACGACUACUACCACGACGACCACGACCACACCUGCGACCACCACCACCACCACCACCACCACGACGCCUGCGCCCACAGACACGAGCACGGCGGCGCCGCUGGAGCCGGAGAGCGACCCGAAGCGCCGGGACUUCACUCGGCCCGCUCUGACUCUUCCGGGGAAGCCCAAGGUGUCUCGAGUGAUGUGGAAGAACAGCCUGGUGGCCAUCGUGGUGAUCACGCUCGUCUUCCUCGCGCUCAUCCUCUCUCUGGUGGCCCGGAAAGCCAUGGAGUCCUUCGACAGGCGCCACUACACCAGACUGGAGCUGAACGACCUGCACUACGAGGUCUAGAGAUCCGGCCCGGAACAAGCUUUGCGUGUGGAUGUUUAGGCUGUGUGGUGCAGACGCCGUCGACGCUUCAUCUGUGAAUAGAGACGGAAGCAGAGGAAUCAAAAGCAAUACAUGAACUCAGGUGGAGUGCGAUGGUGAGCAGCAUCGCUCCUGCAAGUCCUUUCUUCGGCUCAUGUUUAGUUUUCUCUGGAGAAUUGUGGGUAAGGCCCGAGCGCACCGCUGUCCCGGCUCUUUCCCGAUCCAGAGCACAGAUCUCCUUCACUAAUGGAUGUGCUUUAUUUCACGCCGGAUCCUCACACGUGUUUCAUGUCUUCACUGUAACCGAGCGGAUGAAUGUGGCGUUUCUACUUCACUGCCUCUUUAUUUCCCGGACGAUCGUCUGCUUUAAUGAUCACUGAACAACAGCAUGAGAUUCGUUCGGUUGGUUUUGAUCUGAUUCUUCUUCGCUAUUUUUUAAUCUGUUAUUAUAUGUUGUCGGUACAUUUUUGGUGAGCCUUGGCUUUUACAGACACCUUGAGAUUAAUGUGAUUAUUUCUCUUGCAAGAAAUAAAACCGAGUCUUUUUCAGUA